CAAUUUUUUUGUCAUUGUCCCAUUGCGGUCACGUGAUCUUCUUGAAAUAGGCGUGACCUUCUAUUGCGUACAAUAGUUGGCCUCGUGUGAACGCUGCUCUAUUUUUUAACCUUAAUUGAACAUUCCUAGUUUUGGAAAAUAGCUUUGUUUCAAAGCUAACAAUAUGCAAGCAAUUUGUUUAAACAUUCCUAGGGCGUUCAGAAGCACUUCACAAAUUCGACGGUCGGAUUAUGAACAAAUCAAUGACGGAAUGGGCUCCCAAUUUUUGUCAUUAAAAUUUAUCAUAUUAUACUGUUUUGGCUUGAUCUCCAUUUUCUCGGGGAUGGCAGCAAUUGCUUAUGGAUAUACUAUCCCUGGUUCUCUACUCAUUCUUAUGAUUCCCACGGGCUGUUGUUUAUAUUGGCCAUUGAAGUCUUUGAACUGGAGCAGAUAUUGCCGCUGUUUGAGAGGAAUCUGUUGUUUCGCACCUGUUGAUAUAGAGACGCCAAAUCAACCGACGACACCGCAAGUGCUUACAGAUUCCUCGACGCCUCCACAGUCGCUUGCAGAUUGACCUGACGCUGCAGCAACCUCUUACAGAUUCACAUGUUGUGGAAUCUGCAAGCGCUGCCAGACAAAGCGGUUGAGUAGCAGCUUAUUCAUGAUCUCCUAAAAGAUUAAUGAUUGCCGUCCAAAAGGCAAUCAAUACUCCAAUGUCAAAUGAAAUUUUAUUUUUUAACUGUUAACUUCUUUAAUGUUUCAAUGUAUAUAUUAAACCGACUUAACACUUUUUAG